UCCUCCACCUCCUCCUUCUGCCCCCCUCCCGCCCCCCUGUACUCCUCACACCCCUCGGCCCGACACUCCGCUCUCCUCCGUGCGCUGACUGUCACACGUUGUUUACUACGGCUUGAAAUGUGACUCACAACAACAGGCGAUCCUGCCGGAGUACCGCACCGAGGGAUUCUUUUUGACGCGCAUCGUGCGUCUUCGUUUCUUUUUUCUUUUCUCUUUUCGGAUAUGUGUGUGUGAGCGUGUGUUUGGGGAUGGUGGACACGCUGUGGAGACUAUACCGUUCUACCAUGACAGCGGUUUGGUUCGCGCUUUUAUGCGCGCUGGUCAUCGCGUCUUCAGCCAUGGAAGAGACGGUGAUGGACACUCGAGUGGCCACAGCAGAACUGGGGUGGACGGCGUAUCCUAAUUCUGGGUGGGAGGAGGUGAGUGGCUAUGAUGAGAACCUUAACACCAUCAGGACCUACCAGGUGUGUAAUGUCUUUGAGCCCAGUCAGAACAACUGGCUCCUCACCACAUUUAUCGAUCGGCGCGGUGCUCAGCGCAUCUACGUGGAGAUUCGAUUCACCGUACGCGACUGCAGUUCCAUCCCCAAUGUUCCAGGUUCCUGUAAGGAGACUUUCAAUCUCUACUACUAUGAAACUGAUGCUGUCAUUGCCACCAAGGGCACUGCCUUCUGGAUGGAAGCCCCUUACCUCAAGGUAGACACUAUUGCCGCAGACGAAAGCUUCUCACAGGUGGACUUCGGGGGGCGCUUAAUGAAGGUCAACACAGAGGUGCGAAGCUUUGGGCCGCUAUCUAAGAACGGCUUCUAUCUGGCCUUUCAGGACUACGGUGCCUGUAUGUCUCUGCUGUCAGUGAGGGUGUUUUAUAAAAAGUGCCCCAGUGUGGUCCAGAACUUUGCAAUCUUCCCAGAGACCAUGACAGGGGCUGAGAGCACCUCCCUGGUCAUUGCCAGAGGGAUCUGCAUUCCCAACUCAGAGGAAGUAGAUGUCCCUAUAAAACUCUACUGCAACGGAGACGGAGAGUGGAUGGUUCCUAUCGGGAGCUGCACUUGCAAGGCCGGAUUUGAACCCGACAACGGCAACGUGUGUCGAGCAUGCCCUCCAGGUACAUUUAAAUCAACCCAGGGUCCAGGUCUGUGUCUGCAGUGCCCCGCUAACAGCCGGUCCGCAACAGAAGCUGCCACCAUCUGCAUGUGCCGCAACGGUUACUACCGUGGUGACGCAGAUCUGCCCGACGAGCCUUGUACCAGUGUCCCAUCUAGUCCACGGAAUGUGAUCUCCAUUGUGAAUGAAACCUCUGUGAUCCUGGAGUGGCAUUCCCCAAGAGAGACAGGCGGUCGUGACGACGUGGCAUACAACAUUGUAUGCAAAAAGUGCCAGGCUGACCAGCGCGGUUGCUCUCACUGCGAUGACAAUGUGGACUUUGUUCCUCGCCAGCUGGGUCUGACUGAGACCAGGGUGUUCAUCAGCAACCUGUGGGCUCACACUCUCUACAGUUUCGAGAUCCAGGCAGUGAAUGGGGUCAGCAAUAAGAGCCCGUACCCUGCCCAGCAUGUCUCUAUAGACAUCUCAACCAAUCAGGCUGCUCCUUCCAUUGUUCCCAUAAUGCACCAGAUCAGCUCCACCAUGAACAGCUUCACACUGUCAUGGCCCCAACCAGAACAACCCAAUGGCAUCAUUCUGGACUACGAGCUGCGCUACUACGAGAAGGACCACGCAGAGAUUAACUCCACCAUCCUGCGGAGCCAAACUAACACCGCACGCGUGGAGGGCCUCAGGCCGGGUACAGUGUACGUGGUGCAGGUGCGGGCACGGACGGUGGCGGGCUUUGGCAAAUACAGCAGCAAGAUGUGCUUCCAAACCCUCACAGAUGAUGACUUCAAGUCAGAGCUGAGGGAACAGCUUCCUCUGAUUGCGGGGUCAGCAGCAGCAGGAGUGGUCUUCAUUGUUUCUCUCGUUGCCAUCUCCAUUGUGUGCAGCAGGAAAAGGGUGUAUACCAAGGAUGCAGUGUACAGUGACAAGCUGCAGCAUUACAGCACAGGAAGAGAACUCUCUUUGCGAGCCGACAUGUCUAACUGCCCCUCCCCACUGGGCUGCCCGACCCACUUCUCAGGCUCCCCUGGGAUGAAGAUCUACAUUGACCCCUUUACCUAUGAAGAUCCUAAUGAAGCUGUCCAUGAGUUUGCCAAGGAGAUCGACAUCUCCACUGUCAAGAUUGAGGAGGUCAUUGGUGCAGGUGAGUUUGGCGAGGUGUACAAAGGACGAUUGAAGCUGCCUGGAAAGAGAGAAAUUUAUGUUGCCAUCAAGACCCUGAAGGCGGGCUAUGUGGAUAAGCAGAGAUGUGACUUCCUGUCUGAGGCAUCAAUCAUGGGGCAGUUUGACCACCCAAAUAUCAUCCGUCUGGAAGGGGUGGUCACAAAGAGCCGUCCAGUCAUGAUCGUCACAGAAUUUAUGGAAAAUGGAGCUCUUGAUUCAUUCCUCAGGCAAAACGAUGGUCAGUUCACAGUGAUCCAGUUGGUGGGGAUGAUGCGUGGAAUCUCAGCUGGGAUGAAGUACCUCUCAGAAAUGAACUAUGUCCAUCGUGAUCUGGCUGCUCGCAACAUUCUGGUCAACAGCAACUUGGUGUGUAAAGUGUCUGACUUUGGCCUUUCCCGCUACCUACAAGAGGACACAUCAGAUCCAAGCUAUACCAGCUCUCUGGGUGGAAAGAUCCCAGUGAGGUGGACAGCGCCAGAGGCGAUUGCUUACAGAAAGUUCACGUCGGCCAGUGAUGUCUGGAGCUACGGUAUCGUCAUGUGGGAGGUGAUGUCGUUUGGAGAGAGGCCUUACUGGGACAUGUCCAACCAAGAUGUGAUUAAUGCCAUCGAACAAGACUACCGUCUGCCACCGCCCAUGGAUUGCCCCAGUGCUCUGCAUCAGUUGAUGCUGGACUGUUGGCAAAAAGACCGCAAUGUUCGACCCCGAUUUAGUGACAUCGUCAGCACCCUCGACAAGAUGAUCCGCAACCCUGCCAGCCUCAAAGCUGUAGCCAACAUCCCCGCAGUGCCUUCUCAGCCACUGUUGGACAGAUCCAUACCUGAUUUCAACACGUUCAGCUCCGUAGAGGACUGGCUCGCUGCCAUCAAGAUGUGCCAGUACAGAGAUAACUUCCUCAACUCAGGUUUUACCUCCCUGCAGCUGGUGGCUCAAAUGACCUCCGAGGAUUUACUGAGAAUAGGGGUAACCCUGGCAGGCCAUCAGAAAAAGAUCCUCAGUAAUAUCCAGUCCAUGAGGGUGCAGAUGAGCCAGACGGCCACAACUAUGGCAUGACUACAGGGGGCGCUGUGCCAUGGAGCCAGCAGCAUUCGAAGGACCACCACCAACGGCAGCCAUCGAAUGACCCCUGAUCCAUCGGAACGCGCCAGAGUCGAGACUAUUGUCUUAAUUUAAUCCACUACCAUGACAACAGGAGACCAGGGUUAACACCUGUCAUACGUCUUGUAAUCAAAAACCAGGAGUUCAGGGUCCCGUCUUGAUACCAUUUUCCCAUUUGCCCACACCUGAACAGCAAACAUCAGUUGCUGUGGGUCAACUUUUCAUGUCAUCAUCAACCAAAAUAACUAACAGAGAUUAACACAGGGAAUCUCUCAGCUGUUCGAUAAAAGGAAUUACAUUACACUCUAUACUAUCUGGAACUGACGUUGUUAUAAUUGUAAAGAGCAGUGUGAGACCAAAAAAAAAAAAAAGUCUUGUGGCAGUUGAACACCUGUGAUUUUACUCAUAAUCUCUGCUUGUGCAAUGAAGAUGCCUUGACCUGGCAGGAAGCAAGUUGUAGAAGAAAAAUCAUUUCCACUAGGAAUAAUGUAAGGGUGAAGUAUACAGGGAUGUACAGCAGAGCACCAUUUAAUACGUUCAUGUUAUCUUUUGCUUGUUUGAACAAAUGUCUUGUAAAUGGACUGGUGAAAAUUCAGAGCCUAGUUCUAUUUUUGUCUUUGACCAUCCGUUUGCUUCUUUUAUCACUAUAGCAAGAUGCCGUCCGCUUGUAUUUUAACUUAAACACUACCUGUGGAGUCCUGGGUGGAAGGGCUUGUUGAAGGACUUCUUAACCAGCCCCACCCAGAUUCAAAGACUACGAAUAUGUUUAUCUGUUGUUAAAUAUGAUUAUAUAUUUCACAAUAAACCUUCAUAUUGAAGGUGAUACGUAUGAAUAUGUAUGUACAGAACUCUCUGCUUGCAUUUUUGGCAAAUUCAUGUUUGUUGACUAGAUUGUGAUAGACACAGACUAUGUGUAGAUUCCUACGAUGCCAUGUUUCCUUUCGGAUGACUGAACAACGGACACUUGUGUUGUUUGUCUCUCUGUACACUAGGGGCACAAGGACAAUACUGACAGAAUCUUAACCAGAUGAAAAUGUUAAAGCAUUAUGGAUGAAUAAUUUGUACUGUAGAUCAAUAUAAACAUUGCUGUAGAAUUUAAAAAACAAUUUAUGAAAUAUCAAUUUAUUGGAGAUAAUGUUAAAUGUGGGUGUACACAUAUUGUCUCUUGCUGGUGAGCACUUACUUGUACAGAUAUGUUUAUUUUAUUUUAUGUUUAUCUGUCAUUGUGUUGAGAGUGCUCAGAAUCAUCCAGAGAGGACCAAAAAUCCAAACCUUGGCCAGACUGAAUUCAUGACGGAGGAAUCGCUGAUUUAAAAGUAUAUAAAAGCGCGUCCGAGCCACAGUUUCAUGUGCAUAGACUCGCAUGAGGGCAGUUACAAGGCAAAUGGAUGGCAAACAUGUAGGAGAACCACAGCAAGCAGCCAUUGAAGAUGGUCAGCAAGCGAAACUGGCUAUUUUUUCCGGUACGCCGCAACCUCCCUCCUGCGGCACACAAUGGAUUGAGGAUUAGACUGUGAGUGUGCACGUCAGUGCUUGUUUAUCGUGUGUUUGUGUGUGUGUGAGACAAAACGUGUGUGUGGACAUAAUUGUGCGUACACUGGUACAUUGAAAGGUGAUUUUUUUUUUCUUCUUUUUUAUUGUCUCUGUAUAGCUACCACUUGUAAAUUGUGACAAGUAUGUGUCAAGACUUUGUAAGCUGUAACUUUCUGAGAACUAUUGUACUAAAAUGCACUCAAUAAACAUGUUGAAAAAGAGG